AGAAGGCAGGUGGUGAUCAAACAGCAGAGAUAACAAGCCAACGUUUGCUGAGAUUUUCAACCCUUAACACCAACAAACCCACCUCAGGAUGGCUCGCCUUGCUCUGUCUGCGAUUGUGAUGAUGAUGGCCUUCAUCGCUCUCACUGAAGGCCUGCGUGGAGUUGGCCCACAGAAGUGCUGCUUCAGGUUCAAUGACAAGCCGGUGUCACAAGAUAAAGUUGUGAGCUACACCAGAACCAGUCAGCGCUGCUCCAACCGUGCCAUCUUGCUGAACACAGUGGCCGGCCGUCAGAUGUGUGUCAGACCUUCUGAGACCUGGGUGAAGAAUCUCAUCAUCUACCUGGAGACCAGAGAAGCUUCUGGUGCAAAUACCAACCUGUAAACUUGACAAUAAUAUGCCAACACUCCAGCUUACAUAAAUAUGUAGGCUGUGUUGCUACAGUUUCUCACUGAAAACAGCAGCUCUCUUUCCAUGAUAUUUAGCAAAUAUUCUAAUAUUUUAUGGUAGACUACCAAGAUAAGAUGAAGGAGAAUCAAUUUUUUUUUUCCUGAUAAAGGAAGUGUGUUUUUAUAAUGGUUGCUAUGGAACAACAAGAGUAUUUGUGUUAAAUGCAACUUUAAGUUCAACCAUCAACACUGUAAGUUUUGAUUGUAGUUUGAACCGACCAGAUAAAAUAUCUAUUGUAAAAGACAAAUGUCUUACAAAUAAACAAAGUGUCAAUUUUUAUUAAAUAAGCUAGGAUCUGUUGCACAGAUCCUAUUUCUUAAUGUUUAAGAAAUACAGCAAAACUUUAAUUGCUGUAAUUGAAUUAUUUAAAGUCUGUUAUAGUCAUGCUUUUGAACUUUGGAUUUUUGUAAACCUGUCAGAAGUAUCAGCUUUCCUAUAUUCUUAAACGUACAUUGAUUCUUAUGAAAUAAACCUAUGUUACUUUUCCAAUUCAACAAAGUCUCUUUUUCAUAUUAUAAG